CCAUGUUGUUUACGAAACUAAAGGAAAACAUUGAAAGCGGCUAUUCAAACGAAACAAGUUUCUACUCGACGAAAGUUCCGAAAGGGAAAAAUAUCAUACUUUUGCAGAAAUGAGCUUAGCUCUUCGUGCAGAGUUUGCCUUGGACAAGAGCAAGAAGAAGAAAAAAAGAGAAUUGGCAGAUGAACAGAAGCAGGAGAUUAAGGAGGCCUUUGAUUUGUUUGACACAGACAAAGACAGAGCUAUUGACUAUCAUGAACUAAAGGUAGCAAUGAGGGCUCUCGGCUUUGAUGUAAAGAAGGCAGAUGUGUUGAAAAUUCUUAGAGACUAUGACAGGGAAGGAACAGGAAAGAUUUCUUUUGAAGAUUUCAAUGAAGUCAUGACUGACAUGAUGCUGGAGAGAGAUCCGCAGGAAGAAAUCCUGAAAGCCUUUAAAUUAUUUGACGAUGACACUUCAGGAAAAAUAAGUCUUCGGAAUUUACGACGGGUAGCUAGAGAACUUGGUGAAAAUAUGACAGAUGAGGAGUUGCGUGCUAUGAUUGAUGAAUUUGACAGGGAUGGGGAUGGUGAAAUCAAUGAAGAUGAGUUUAUUGCCAUCAUGACAGGAGAUACAUGAAUGAUUCAACCUCAAAGUGACACCAGUGUAGUUUUGUUUUCCUUUUACCUUCCACUUUUUCCUCAGUUCCUUUUGGGAGAGUGCUAGCAACUAGACAAAAACUUAAGUUAUAUAACUUCUUAUAUCUGAAAGAAUAUUACAUCUGAGUGAAAGAUGAGAAUAUGUAAAGUAAGGUGUAAAACCAGGUUGAAGAGGACCAAAUCAUUGCUGAUCUCUAAAGCUGUUGUCAUGAAAGUUUGAUUGAUUGUAUAAGCUUGUAUGUGAAUGUUGUCAGUGUGUUGUCUUGUUGUCCUAUCUUGUUUUGUGUGAUGUUUUCUGUGAUGAUGCUGUUUUGUUUAGAAAGAAAUGUGAUCAUUAUUUGUUAGUUUGAUAAAUAUGUACUGUACUGAAAAAGUUCAGUAUUCAGUAGGUACUGCCUAAUUAUCUCUACUUAAUAUUCAAAUUCACUGUUUACUGUUAGUACUUUUCAGAGAAGUACAUACUGUACUUAAUGUAAUUUUGCCCAGAUGAAUGAAUGCUUCAUUAUUUUCUUUUAAUCUAGAAGAAAUAAAUGCAUGUUCAAAUUCAGAAAAGAGAUCAAAGAUUGCAUAUUUUUAUACUGCCAUACUUUAUUAUAUAUAUACACAAUAAAGAAUACAUGAAUACAAA